AUGAGCUCCAAGCCGCACGUAGGUAUUAUUGGAGCGGGCCUGGCGGGUCUUCGAUGCGCGGAUAUCCUCAUCCAAAAUGGAGCGCGAGUCACCAUUCUGGAGGCUAGGGAUCGUGUUGGCGGAAGGGAACGAAUGGAUCAAUGGUUGUCUACCAUCAAGCGUUUCGAGCUAAUUCGUUUUCUUGAUCUGCAGAUCUGCCAAGAUAACUUAGGAGGGCAUAGAGUGGAUCUCGGGCCUAAUUGGAUCCAUGGCCAGGGCGAGAACCCCAUCAUGUCCCUAGCUGAGGCAACAAAAACCGUCACAUAUGACCCUGAUGGGGGUAAUUAUAUGGUUUCCCGAGAUGGAAAAUUCAUUAGCGAAGCCCUUGGCACCAGGGUCUCAGAAUUCGUAUGGACAACAAUUGCAGAAGCCUUCACGUACAGCAAUGAACAACGAGAGAAAAUUCGACCGGAGGAGAGUCUAUAUGAUUUCUUCCUGUCCAAAGUUCGAGAGACAGAUUUCUCAGAAGAAGAACAGCAGCUUUGUCUCGAUGCAUGCAGACUUUGGGGUGCUUAUGUAGGAGAGCCUACAAAGAGACAAAGUCUGAGGUUCUUCCGCUUAGAAGAAUGCAUUGAUGGAUAUAAUUACUUUGUCGCUGGAACAUAUACGAAAAUCUUAGAACAAAUUGCCAAAAAGGCCCAAUCCCAUGCUGACAUCAAACUGAACCACCCGGUUGUCAAUAUCGACGCUCCACUUCGCAAAAGCGAUACACCCACAAAUGAGAGCCAGGUAUCUGUGACAACAAAAUCUGGUGACCGUUUCACCUUCGACGACGUGGUCAUUACCUGCCCCCUCGGCUGGCUCAAACACAACACAAACGUAUUCACUCCAGCGCUUCCACCCAGACUCCUCAAAGCAAUCGAGAGUAUUUCCUAUGGCCGUCUCGAAAAGGUCUUUGUGAAGUUCCCCAAGGCAUUCUGGCAAACAAGUUCCACAGAGAAGAACCCACAUCUCCCCGUCAACCCAGUCUUUACUCAAUUUCUUCAACCAAACUACGCCGAUCACCCCGAAGAUCUAGAAUGGAACCAAGAAUGUCUGUCUAUCGCUUCUCUCCCCAAACCCUGCGCUCAUCCAACUCUCCUCUUCUACACAUACGGCCCAGGCGGCGCACAUAUAGUCGAAAGUAUCGCAUCUCUUGAUCCCUCUUCAAAGGAAUACAAAGAUACACUUGUUUCGAAGCUCCAGCCCUUCUAUUCCAAGUUGCCUGGUUACGAUGCUUCUUCGCCAGAUUGUGUUCCCGAUGCCAUACUCGCUACUCGCUGGCAGACAGAUCAGUAUGCUGGAUUCGGAUCAUACUGUAAUUUCCAGGUUGGUUUGGAGGAAGGUGAUCGGGAUAUUGAGGUUAUGCGAUCUGGUGCGGGGGUUGGUGCUGAGCGGGGCCUGUGGUUUGCUGGAGAGCAUACGUCGCCUUUUGUGGCGCUUGGUACUACGACGGGUGCUUAUUGGAGUGGAGAAAGAGUCGCUGGACAGGUUUGUGAGAGGAGGGGGUUAACUUGUGUUGGAGUUAGCAGUGGGAAGGAUGAUUCUUUACCUUCAGCGAAAGCAAGCUUAUAG